AUGACUCCGCUAGAAGAGAACUACAGCAUAGAUGAGGCUAUGGUUCCAUACUAUGGACGUCACAGUUGCAAACAUGUUUCGAUCGAUUUGAAUUGGUUUGAUCCUUACCAGGGAAAAUCUUCAACCAUUGCAGAAGGUUACAAACGGUUUGGUCUAGGUGGGAGUGUGAUUUUGGAGUUUGCUGAUGUUCUACAAGGUCGUGAUCCAACAUUGCCAGUUCAUUUAUUCUUCGACAAUUAUUUUUCCUCUAUUCCUCUACUGCAUGAACUUAGUAAUAGAAGUCUGAGAGCCACUGGAACAAUUCGUGAAAACAGAACUUCCAAGUGUCCUCUUGAGUCUAACAAAGAUUUCAAAAAUACUGAUAGAGGUUCAUUUGUAUUCAAAUCCAGUUUGCCUACCAAUAUUUUGGUUUGCAAGUGGAAUGACAAUAUUGUCGUUACUGUUGCCUCGAAUACUGAAACUGUGGAGCCCCUGCAAAAAGUCAAGAGAUUUUCGCAAGAACUAAAAAGAUUUGUACAUAUUGACCAACCGUCUGUUAUAAGAAAAUACAAUGAAAAUAUGGGAGGGGUAUCGGACUUCUAUUCGUGGCAAGAAAUGUUAUUUUUCACUGUUUUGUCACACCUUAGAUAUGGCUGUGUGUAA